AUGGAACUCCCCGCCAAGUUGCCCUUCUCCAAGCGGCUACUGCGUCCGCGCAUUGUUAUCUCGUACAUCUUCGACUAUGUCAUUCUCAUUGCUUGCAUCAUUGGCUUCUACAUCCUCGACUCCAUCGAGCCAUUCCACCAGCACUUCUCCCUCCGCAACAUCUCCCUCCAGUACCCGUACACCGUCCACGAGCAUGUUCCGAUGGCCCUCGCCCUUGCCAUCUCGGGACUAUUUCCCAUCAUCCUCAUCAUUAUCUACACCCUCGGGAUCGAUGGCCUGUUCUCGCACCACAAGCAGGAUCCAACGUCGGGGAGGAGAAAGAUGAGAGGCCCGUAUCGGUGGAAAGAUCGCCUGUGGGAGCUGAACUGUGGUAUUCUAGGCUUGUUACUAGCGCAAGGUCUGGCCUUCGUGAUUACGCAAGUGCUCAAGAAUGCAUGUGGCAAGCCUCGACCCGAUCUGAUCGCAAGGUGCCAACCGCCGGAAGGAAGCCAUGAUGCGAUUCCGGGCUUAUCGAACUACACAAUCUGUACGGGAGACCCGGCAUUGAUCAAAGAUGGAUUCCGAUCUUGGCCGUCAGGUCACAGCAGCUCAUCCUUCGCCGGCUUAGGCUAUACAGCACUCUGGUUAGGCGGCAAGCUGCACGUCAUGGAUAACCGCGGUGAAGUCUGGAAGACCUUGCUGGUCACGGUCCCUCUUCUCGCGGCAACCCUGAUCGCCGUGUCGCGCAUCAUGGACGCGCGCCAUCAUCCAUUCGACGUGAUCACCGGCGGGCUUUUGGGCCUCAUCACCGGCUACGUCUCCUAUCGCCAGUACUUCCCUCCGAUCACCGAGGCCUGGCGCAAGGGACGUGCUUAUCCGAUCCGCACCUGGGGUACCGACCCCGUCGAUCCUUACGGGGAUACCAAGAUGGGCCGGUUCAAUGAGAGCAGGGCUGCUCUGCGCAAUCCCGACGAGGAGCACCUGGACCCGGUGCAAUCCAACACCUCGGCGGCACCUUACCUAGGAUCCACGAAUCCAUUCGUUUCCCCUGCCUACCCACGGCGGCCGCAUGAUCACGAUCCCGAUGGCAACUGGUCGUCCAGCGAGGAUGAUGUUAGCAAUGUGUAUGAGAUGCAGCGUGGGUAUGCGGCGGCACCAAAUCCGGGGGCUGGUCGGUCUUCACCGCAGAACACUGGGUAUCCACCACAGACGAUGCCGACUGGGGAUCUCUCUGCUCCAUCGGUGGUGGUCAGUCAUCCGGCCUAA